UCUCACUCUCCUGGCUCCAUGGCAGCAGCGGUGCGAGGCAGUGAGUGGUCAUGUGGACGCUGUACAUUCUUGAAUGCUGGCGCAGCACCUCGCUGUUCCAUUUGUGAGGCCCCACGCCAAAAACCUGACCUUAACCAGAUCCUGCGACUGAGCAGCACUGAGGAGCAUCGCUGGGCCUGCCCCCGCUGUACCCUUAACAAUCCCCAGGGAUCUGGAGCCUGCUCAGUCUGUGGCUUUGGACCAUCCCCUGCCACUCACACACCCCCUACCACCACCAUAGCUGCCACCGCCAAUGGCCUGCCGUCUGCUCUGACCGAAACUCCAACACCAACUCUCCUUCCCACAGUCCUGCUUGAGCCUCACGGGCAGCAUCCAGCUAAAGAGGAAGUGCUACGACGGUCCGAGAGCAAUGGAGAGGUGGGCAGCCUGGAGGUGCAGCAGUCAGGGUGGGCUUGCCCUCGUUGCACACUCCACAACACUCCCGUGGCUCUGUCGUGCUCAGCCUGUGGUGGCCCCAGAAAACUGUCUUUGCCUAAAAUCCCCCCAGAGGCACUGGUGGUGCCUGAGGUGCGCACGCCUGUGCUGGGAUUUCCAGUUCACACAGCAGGGGCUGCCCCACUUCUCAUAGACCUAACAGAUGACUCUCCUCCACCCCCUCCCUGUGAUCCUCAAGAACCUCCCCAUGUGUCCUCACAGUCCCUCUCCUCCCCUUUUACUUCUUUCUCUUCCCUCCAGAAUAACCCAGUGCCCAGAAGCAGGAGAGAGGUGCCCCCUUCAGGGCGCCCACCAAACGCAGGCACCAACACUCCCAGUCCCACUUCACCAUCAACGGCCACUGUGCCACCCCAACCAGGCCCACAGCGACCAGCCAAGCCCAAACAUGCCCAACCCCAGGAACCCUCAUACCCCAACAAGCGACUCAGUAUCUUGGAGGAAGAAGACCCUCAGCACCACCCACUGACCCCACACCUCCCUGUUGCUUCCACAGCUGCCCCUACCUGGAAGUGCCCUAGUUGUUCUUUGCCCAAUCCAGGUAACUCAUCUAAGUGUGAGGCCUGUCGAUCAUCUCGGGCAGGCGCUGACCUUAUUGACCUUGUUGGCUGCGAAACGGUACGAUUUACACCGGCUAGCCCCUCCAGCCCGGACUUCAGCACCUGGGCCUGUUCCAAGUGCACCCUGCGCAAUCCUACAGGUGCACCUAAGUGCUCAGCCUGUGGUUCUUCCAAGCUGCAUGGCUUCCAGGAACAGCAAGCGCCCCUGCCUCGCUGCUGUGCACACUGUGGCCUCCCACCGGGGUCUGGUACGACAUCAUGUUCUUGCACACCUUCCUCGUCUUCAGGUCAUAAAACACGUAAACAAGCCCGGGGCUACCCCUCCUCCUCCCCUGCUAUUGGUCCUUCCAAUUCCUCUUCCUCCUCCACCUUAUCAAGCCUUCAAGAGAAGAUAGGACAGUGGAGCUGCCCAGCAUGUACGCUGCUCAACGACAUCAAGGCCAAGAACUGUGCAGCGUGCCAUACACCCCAGCAGUACCUCACCCUUCGCAAAGUGAUGAAGCCUCUGAAGAGGAGGGAGAGCAUGCAUGUCGAGGCGCGUCGACGAAAUGAUGAAGGCGAGGCCAAGGAGCUUUGGGAGAACAUUGUCAGCUUCUGCAGAGAGAACUCUGUGAACUUUGUGGAUGACAGUUUCCCCCCCGGACCUCGCUCCGUGGGCUUCCCAGAAGGCGACAGCGUCCAGCAGCGAAUCAAAAAGUGGCUGCGCCCCCACGAGAUCAACUGCAGCAACUUCAAAGACCGGAACGUCAAAUGGUCCGUCUUCCGCACGCCGCGGCCCUCUGACAUCCUGCAAGGCUUGCUGGGAAACUGCUGGUUCCUGAGUGCACUGGCAGUGCUGGCGGAGCGCCCAGAGCUGGUGGAGAGGGUAAUGAUCACCAGGACCAUCUGCCCAGAGGGGGCCUACCAGGUUCGGUUAUGUAAAGACGGGACGUGGACGACGGUGCUGGUGGAUGACAUGCUGCCCUGUGACGAUUAUGGCUACCUCCUCUUCUCCCAGGCCCAAAGGAAGCAGCUAUGGGUGGCGCUGAUCGAGAAGGCCCUGGCCAAGCUCCACGGCUCCUACUUUGCCCUGCAGGCAGGGCGCGCCAUCGAGGGCCUAGCCACGCUGACUGGAGCUCCAUGCGACUCGCUCAUGCUUCAGGUCAGCUCCACCAACCCCCGGGAGGAACCAAUCGACACGGACCUCAUCUGGGCCAAGAUGCUCAGCUCCAAAGAGGCUGGAUUUCUGAUGGGUGCAUCCUGUGGAGGAGGCAACAUGAAGGUAGACGAUGUUGUCUAUGAGUCUCUGGGUCUGCGGCCUCGACAUGCCUAUUCCAUCUUAGACGUACGAGAUGUCCAGGGUUACAGGCUGCUGCGGCUGCGGAACCCGUGGGGCCGCUUCUCGUGGAACGGCAGCUGGUCGGACGAGUGGACGGACUGGCCACAGCACCUUCGUCAUGAGCUGAUGGCCCAUGGCAGCAGUGAGGGUGUCUUCUGGAUGGAGUACACCGACUUCAUAAAGUACUUUGACUCCGUGGACAUCUGUAAGAUCCACUCGGACUGGCAGGAGGUGAGGCUACAGGGAUGCUUCCCCAGCAAGGCCAGUGGCCCGGUGACCGUCACAGCCCUUACUGUGCUGGAAAGGACGGCGCUGGAGUUCGCUCUCUUCCAGGAGGGAAGCAGGCGUUCAGACACAGCUGACAGCCACCUGCUGGACCUGUGCAUCAUGGUGUUUCGCGCCUCCUUUGGCAGCGGCAACAAGCUGACCCUGGGCCGCCUGUUGGCCCACAGCAAGCGAGCCGUGAAGAAGUUUGUGGGCUGUGAUGUGAUGCUGGAGCCGGGGGAGUACGCUGUCGUCUGCUGUGCCUUUAACCACUGGCAGAUGAAUGUCAGCGGGACGGGAGGUCCAGCCACACCCAUCUCCAGCCCAACCAGUGGAGCAGCACGGCGGCCCAGCCAGGACUUCCCUGGCUACAUACUCGCCAUCUAUAGCUCCAGACAGGUGAUGGUGGAGCAGGUGGAGGCCAACGCCACCACGCUGGCCGACGCCAUCAUCCUCCUCACGGAAAACAAAGGGGAAAGACACGAGGGACGUGAAGGCAUGACAUGCUACUACCUGACCCAUGGCUGGGCGGGGCUCAUCGUGGUGGUGGAGAACCGCCACCCCAAAUACUACCUCCACGUCUCCUGUGACUGCACUGACAGCUUCAACGUGGUGUCCACGCGUGGGAGCCUCAAGACCAUCGACAGCGUCCCACCUCUGCACAGGCAGGUGCUGGUCGUGCUGUCGCAGCUCGAAGGAAACGCCGGCUUCUCCAUCACACACCGCCUCGCUCACCGCAAGGCAGCCCAGGCCUCUCUAGGAGACUGGACCCCCACGAAAGCCACCCACAGCCCGCAGCUCACGCCAGACAUCGACGGCCUGCACCGGCCCAGGCCGCUAUGACCACCGCCCACUGUUCCCCUGUACAUUUACACAGACUCCACAUCAAUGAACUGUCAAGACCACUGGAAAACCAGACUGGGGUGGGCAAGUGGUGUGUGCAGCCCUGAAACACAGAGAAAGAUGUGUAUUUGUGUGUCCAUUUUUUUGAAUGAACACACACAUGAAUGUAUAGCAUGAAUGGGCAGCAUUUAUGUGCCCCCCCCCCCCCCCCCCCCAAUGCUCCAUAAAUGCUGAAAUCGUCAUCCGGCCCUCAUGCACUCUGUCCCUUGCCAAGUGGAUGUGCCAUGUCAGGAUUAAAUUAGGGCAGCGGGCUACGUGGAGUGACAGGGAUGUACUCGCAGGACGAUUAAUCACCAAGUCAUCUGAGAGGAUCUACUUUGAAUUCUGGAGGUAUUUUGUACAAGCGCUGUAUGUGGAACAGAUGUCAGCCCAGGUUUUCGUACGCUCGGAGAUGACCCAGCUUCACAAAAAGCCAGGGUGGAGCGCUGUUACUACUGAGCCGUAUGCCUGCAACGAUCGGACACCCCACCCCCAUGUCAUGCACAGGGACAGCAAACAAAGUGGGAUACGUCAGUGGGGUUUAUCUCGCCCUGUCCUUGAUGCGGUACUUAAUGAGCCAAACCCAACUUCUAGUAACUCAUAGUUACACGUUUUUUUGUUUGUUUUUUUAAUAUACACAAUAUCAGUCUUACUUCUUUAAUACAUGAGCUUUGUCGCCGUUUUGUCCAUAUUUGUGUUUUUGAGAUCGUAGAACAAGCCAUCAUUCAUAUCAGUACUGUGAGUCCACACUCUCCAUCACCGCAGUGCUGUCAAAGCGCUCUGUAGCUCAGGACCAAACUCACAUCUUUACAGUUGGCUGGAGUCGAGCAGAAACCUCAGGCCGAUUCAGUGACAGGUGUGUGGUAGCUGGAAUAGCGUCUCUCUUUAUCUCUGUUUGUUCGUAAAAGAAACGCUCACUGGGAAGGAUGUGGUGUAGAUGGCGCUGUUAUGUUUUUAGGAGGUAUUGUUUUGUGGAGAACUGACACACAAACCGUUUUUAGACAUUAAUCCCGUAAUUUUUCCGCACAGUGGGGUCCAGAUUUUGCCUUUCACAUAUGAAGAAUGCCACAGGAGAUUCUCUGGUCAAAAAGUGUUCAGGUGAGGGGGGGGCAAAGCAUGCAAGAGUCAGGACGCAACGUAGAGAUUUUUUGUUUACAGUACAUCAACACUGGCGUUGGCCUGUGUCACCAAAUGUUCUUCGAAUCUCGUUGUCUUUCCAAGUUUACAUAUUUGUCAUUGUCCUCAAUGUGUAUGGCUUCUCUUUUUUUCCUGACAUAUUUGUUUUUUUAAUUUUUGCAUCUGUCGCUUGUUACAAAUCGUGCCCACUGAAUCCUCCAGAGAAUCUCCUGCACUAUUGUCACAUGGGCCCACUCGGACAUUAGCCAGAGUUUUUACCAGGAGGUUGGCAGGAGAACACAUGAAGUGUUUGCAGCAACUGACUCGGACAUUUGCAUUCUCACGUGAACCUCCUCCAGAUAAUUACAGGAGUUCAGUGCAUGUCAGUAAACAGCUAUAAUGAAAUCCAUACGUUUGCGCUCCAGAGUAAAAAAAACAAACCUACAUCUUAGCCUUCACCCUCUAAAAUUAAUUUACUCUCAGCCUCAUAUUUGAACACACAUCCUACAGAGUGAUUUCAUGCUGAAUCUUCUGGAUUGUGACACCUCUCACCUCUUUGUGUCUGGUCCUUUCUAGUACAGAAGGUCAGUGAGCAUUUUGUCAGUACUUUGGGAGCACUGGAGAAGCUGCUGUUUGAACAGUCAGUCUGCCACAGGGGAGCUUUUAAGAAGAGUUGCCGAGUUUACUCUGGGAGGUCAGGGACCACAUUUUUUGUUUGCUCGGGUGCAGUGCCAGCAUCUGGGCCAUCCUCCCGCAAGAUUACACUGACAGCACAUUAGCGACAGCACGGAUUCCUCGUGUAAUAACAAAUCUCCAUUUUUGUCAGACUGCAUGCACACGCAAUAAGAGAGACGAGGGGACCCCCGAGACGUGUUGUGACACAGAAAACGGUUUAGUUCUCUCUGAGUUUCGUCUGCGUCGUUUCUCAGGAUGUGUUCCCCCCCAGCUGUUUCAAGCACGCCCCACCCAGUUGUUCGUUCCAAUUUAACCGACGUCGUAGCCGUUAGUCAUCUUUCACUGAGGAUCUUUCAGUCGUCACCAUGGCAACAUAGAUAUAGAGGGAGGACUAAUAAGGAACUAUGACAAGUAACAAGUUGAUUUCUUACUAUUAUCAUCGUGAAAUGAGAAAAAAAUCCCUGGAGGACUUUGAUGGGACGAUGAUUGUUUUGGUAGAAGAAACAUUUUUAUGUCGAUAUUUUCUGAGUCUGAAAAGAUCCUCCGUGAGAUGAUUUGCCUCACGACUUUGUGACCUUGAAUUGAACAAGCGCUGAAACGUGCAUCGUCUCGUGAGUUGUUCCUGUUGUCACCACACGGUCUCGUCUUGUCCUCGCCGGUAGACAUCGCUUCACAACACCUUCAGGGCGUUUUGUAAGAGAACUACUACAGCAGUGUAACGUUUCUUUAAAGAAACCUGAAGCUGAAGUGACUGUAAAUAAGUUUUUCCAAAGAAACAGGAUGUGUAACGACCACUUCCAGAUGUCCCUACGAGUGUGAGUGUGCGCGCGUGCGACCCAGCAGCUGUGGAACGUCUAAUUUAUUAGUAUAAGUGAUUUGCAGGCCUGUUGUCUAAUGAAUACUGUUGAUUACUGCGUCGAUGAAUGACAGAUAAAGGAAUGUGAUAAUUUAAGGCUUUACAUUGAGCCCAGGGGGAUGAGCUUGAGGAGAACGUGCACUGAAACACCUGCAAAGACGAGGCACCUCAUAAUUCAGUGUCGCUGCUCAAUCACUUUACAUUAACAUGAGAUUGAUUUUUGUUUUUACUUUUGAUUUUUUUGUCAUUAUCGUCACUGUUGCUCUUGCUUGUGUCCCAUGAACCCACUCCUCUCCUGUUUAAGAUGUGGUGGGCACUCUUCUGUGCUUCAGGGGCGCCCCCUGCUGCUGAAGAGGCUGCGGCCAGCUGGGAAAAAGCUGGAGUGGCAGACACUACGCAUUUCUCUCUCUCUCUCCUCCCAUGUCUGGUUUCCUCCUUGUAAAUUGUACAGACUGCAAAUAUAAGCCACACAAAAAUAUUUAAAAAAAAUAUUUGAAUAAAAAAUCAACUGACCCUUUUAAACUUGUAAAAUAAAAGACGAAAGUAUAAUAGUAGAAAUUAAAAAAAGAAACCUAAUGCUGAAAAAUUGGAUCUCUGAUGAAUAUGAGAUAUAUUUUAACGAUCUUUUCUGUGGGAUGGAUAUGUGUAUAUGUGUACAAAACUUAUGUAUGUUUAAUUUUCAAUCUCAGGUUCCGAUGGACCAAAUAAAUUUUUUUAAAUUAAAA